UUUGACCGAGUGGUGUGAUUCAGCGGUAUUAGAAGUACCGGUCACUGUAGGCCACGUCGCCGCUGACGCAAGUUUACAUCAGGUUAUAAAGUCUGUCCGAGGUUUCUACAGGUGUAUGGUGUUGCCUGUUUCAAUCUACUUACCCUGAGAUCGUCUGAUAAUCACUCCCGGAACAUCGCUUCGGUGUCGUCUGCUAACACAGAGAAUCAUGACGGAUCAAGGUUCAGGGUCCACCGCGCCCGAUAUGAACAGUGACGCCAAACCCAGGCCCUUCCGGUCCAAGUACCAGAAUCUGAUUGACAUGGGAUAUAGUUUAACAGUCAACGAGGACGAAUCUCUUGCUGUGGUGGAGGCCCCUGGACCUUCGUUUGAGUCAUUUGAUGUCUAUGGGAACUGUAAGAUCUGGAGCAUCAUGAGACUCAUGGGUGCCUGUAGGUAUUUUGCCUAUCAUUAUCCCCUCGAUAAGACAGGACACUCAUUCAUGGACUACGGCCAAAUGACAGAUGGUAUGUUUACAUUCAUGGCGUCCUCCCAGUUUGAAAUUGAAAAGUCCAUGUAUGACCGUCAUGUGUCAAAGUGGCCGGUGAAGGUCAAAGUACAGCUCGGAUACAUCGGGAAGUCUUCCACCAACUCAGUCAGCAGUUUAAUUGUGCCAUCAACAGGCGAGACAUUGGUAAGAAAUGUCAACCAGAUCGUUGCCAUUGACAAAGAAACGCGGAAACCGACGCCAUUCCCGUCAUGGUGGAAGGAGAAACACGGCGAGAAGGCUGUCAGGAAGGAACCACUGAUUGUCCAGAAGCUUUCCAAACCUGACAACGCCCACACCUACACCUUGCGUGUGUCGUGGAGCGAAACAGACAUGUACAAUCACGUCAACUGGGCGUCUUAUGUGGUGUUCUCCAUCGAUGCCCUCCACCACGGGAUCAAAGAGGGAGUGUUGAGAGGCAUGAACAAGGAGGUGGUCAAGAAUGGAAUACAGAGGAUGCAGAUGGCUUACUUUGGUGAAUGUGUGGAAGGGGAUCAGUUGACUGUUUACUUCUGGGAGGUGGAGGACCAGCCUAGGACUGUGUAUUUUGCCAUAGAAAGAGAUGGAACAUCCGUCUUUCAAAACACAUUAACAUACCACCAGUAGGAACAAUAUUUGUUAAUUUAUCACCGUCUUUAGAAGUAGAUGCUUCUCGUCAUGAUGAUCACCGGUUACCCAGAACAUACAUAUCUGUCUCCAGAGUAAUUUUGCCAUAGAAAGAGAUGGAACAUCCGUCUUUCAAAACACAUUAACAUACCACCAGUAGGAACAAUAUUUGUUAAUUUAUCACCGUCUUUAGAAGUAGAUGCUUCUCGUCAUGAUGAUCACCGGUUACCCAGAACAUACUUUUCUGUCUUAAGAGUAAUAUGCAUUUGAUGAAUGAAAGAUAUUUUACUGUAGUAUUAUGAGAUUCGCCCUACAUGUGUCUUAAUUUGUCAGCUUCUUACCAGUGCUGGUGGAUUCACCAAAGCUUUACCGCUUUGUCUAAAACCAACAUCACUUCCUUGUUUCGUUCGAUGUUAAACUGUGACGCUGUAGUAGAACUUGACUACUGUUCGAAGCGGCGCUAAAAGGUACAGAUGCUAAAUCUCUGGCUUAUAUACCAAAUUGAAUGAACAUGAACUCAAAAUUACUCCUUCAACUUCGCAAAAAGCAUUUGCCUCUCUCUUGUCAACAUUCGUAUGACCUGACUUAUCCUGUAAUUUUUGACAGGGCACGUCAACAGCCGUUUUGAAAGGCAGUCGUUUAAUCGUAUGCUAUUUAUUUUGUUAUGUACCUAGGACCCUACCAAGAAGAAGGGUCCCUUGUUAAGAAUGUAAAUAUGUAGUCAUAUUACAGCUUACUGUAUAAAACACCGACAUUGUAAAGUGUUUACUUCGUUGAAUUCCGGAAUUGUUACGAGUAUAUCUGCUUGAACUUCAUAUUUUCAGUUGUCAAGCUCUCAAGCUUCAUUUUGCUCGUUCCAUUGCUAAAAGGGCAACGAAAAUAUGCCGCAUGUCACAAGGAACGUUUGCAAUGUAUACCAAUACAUUUGGUUUUUAUUUUGUAUGUGUAAGAUUUUGCUUAUUUCAAGGGGAUAUCAGGCACAGUGACUGAUUGGGUAUGAUCUCAAACGGCACAGGGCGUUAUCAAUCACAGGGCUGCGUGGUACAGAUUCGAAUUUUGACACGCUACCGUGAUUAUUUGCUUCCAAAAACCACAAGAUUGGGUUAGGACUGGCUAAUAAAAGAGUGGAAAGGAAAGGACAGGACGCCGUGAUCUAAACCAAGUAAUUAUUUGCGUAUCUGCUUCCAAAAAGCACAGUACUAGGUCACUGUGUACACAGCUGGCUGAUAAGAGUGAACAGGAGUCGUGUUGCACUAUUGCGCUGAAUGACGUGUCACUGAUUUGGUCUCGUCUAUAUAUUUUUGUAUAUGUCACUGAUUAAAUAAACAUACUGCAACGUUA